AUGGAAAUUGAAAUGCAACUUCGGCAGAGGAUAGAAGAAGAAGGAUUUGAAAUUGCUUUUAAUCCUCCCGGUGAUGGAAGCUGUUUCUAUCGGGCUGCAGCGUUUCAACUGGGACUUAAGUCGGAGAUCUUGCACAACCUCAUUUUUAAUUAUCUGGGAAACCAUCAGUUUGACGUAAGUUAUUUAACCGUAGUAUAAGUGACUGCGUGACCGACAACAGAUGAUGACAUAAGCGACGCCCGGUUAAUAAGAGUAUUAAAAACAAACGGAAUGAAAAGAAAUAUUUUUCUUGUACUUAGUUUUUACAUCAUUUUCCUUAAUUGAGCCCUAAUCCAAGUCUUUUUUUUUUCAUUGUACACUAGGGCUCAUUAUUUUUCCUUAACGUGUAUUUAUUUUUAAGCCUAAUUUUCCUUGCCUCCCAGUUCAGAGGUUCACUUUAAACGAGCUGCAUGUAUAUUUGUCACAAUGUUCGUAACAGAGCAUCUGAAAAGCAACGUUUUGGGCAUCACACUUUUCUCACUGCGCACACUGAAAGACUAUUGGGCAGACAUUUUUUUUUAGGAAAAAUGAAUAGUUCAAAGUUUUGAAACCACCUGAAAAGCCGUCUCUUGUACGAGGUUUUGUGACAUUUUUUUUUUUUUUUUUUUUUUUUUUUCAUAAUAGGACAAGGGAAAUGACCGCUUGGCUUUCUUGUGUGACGUCGAUAUGGGUGGUGAAAAGGUGCCUGCUGUGUGGUCAGAAGCGUUGAAGAUCCUGGAAAAGAAUUAUGCUAAUUCUUUAGUGAUUAGCGCCUUUGCAAAUGUGAUGCACUACAAGAUCAUGAUUAUUACAGUGCAUGGGGUAAAUAAUUGUUGUCAUCCAAUGUUUCACGUUUGUUUCCAUUGCUUUCAGAAAACGAAAUUAAGUUUUUAACUAAGGAGUAAUAAAUUGUUUUCUUUACAUUUUAUUUUACAGGAUGACAAUUUCGUUUAAGUUGUGGAGCCUCAGUUGGGUCCCUCAGUUGGCACUCUUUACUUCGGACACAGUGGUAAUCACUACGUCCCAUUGAAGCUCAAGCAAAGGGUGGGAUUGGUUACUUCCAUGUGCUAUACAUAAUGUAAACAGAUGUGCCUGGGUUCGUUUCACAACUUGGGCACAUGUUCAUAUUUGACCUGUGAUACGCAAUUUCUGACAAACAAAUAAUCAAUCAGUCAGGCUAACAUUGCAACUAACUCGCUAAGAUCUGUUUAAAUUUCAUACAGUUUUUUGGUCCCUGGGUUAUAUUCUGGACGUCACAGUAUUGCUGACUUACUCAACCUUCUCACAUUUGUUUCAGGCAUCAAGCUAUGCAACGGCGGCGAGAUCUUCCAAGGGAAAUUCUGAGCCACGUACUCGUAGUUUUUCCCCUAAAAUCAAAGAGGAACAAAGUGCUCAAGAAAUUAAAACAUCCUCCGGUAAAACUUUCAAAGCUAAAAGGACAACGACAACAAAGGUACAAUUUUAACGGGGUGACUCAUCUAGUUCUAACCACGUAAUCGUUUUGGUUCUGCCUUUUUUUUUUGGUGGAAGUGGGAAGAGGCGAGGCGGAGAUAAAAUAAACGUCAUUAGCGGUAGAUACACUAAGAAACUCAUUCUGUUGUGUCUAAUUUCAGACACCCAAAGGACGAAAAAAUCAAGAGAUGGAAUGGUGGGAAUCCACAGAAGAAUACAACCCUGGGACGAGUUUAUGGAGAGGACGAAAAAUAUCCGAUGACACAUCCUCUUAUGGAUCGGAUCUUGAAAUAAUUGAAGAAAAGGAAACUCCAAAAGACAAGUCAUUAAAGGUAUGUAGGAGUUUAUUCGCGUUUUUAACUAGAAGAUACAGAACUUCAACACUUUACCUAUACAGGCCUUGCAUUUUUUUAAUUUAGAAGAGCAAGCAGGAAAUUAAGACGACGGUUGCAGAUAUUAGUGAUCAGAGUGUGGUUGAAAUAAGCUCCGACGAUGGCAUGGAGGUCGAUUCGCCCCUUAAACAACCCACCCGGAAAAGACAGCGUAUUUCAUCAGUAAGUGAUUGUAUACUGACUGACGAAACUGAACACAGAACAAAACGACUGUCCCAAUAUUCUUCCUCCUUGAUUCCUACAUUGCCUAGGUGAUCACUAAUUUACGUUGCACCCUCUUACCCAGAACCUAUUUGCACAAUCCUGCGCGCCGAAGAACACUGGUCAAUGUUUAAGAAAAUUAGGCAACCCAUCGAUCUGAAAAAUUUGGUUGUCACGUGACUGUUCCUACGUCCGUCUGUUGGUCCGUAUGGCCAUCCCCAUACCUUCAAAAAUAAUAGAGUAGCAAGCACCAUUACUGUAGGCACCUCUGUGGACAUCCAUGUUACAAUUAAUUGAUAGCUGACCAGUAUCACAUAAUGAUCACAAUUGAUCGUUUUUUGAGUUUCUUAUCCAACAAAAAAAAUCCUCUUUUCCCAUUAUGGUUAAUUAUUGAAAUAAGUAGCUCUGCUUUUAUUAGUAGCUUGAAGCCGUGCAUGGAAAGGAAAUUUAGAAAUCAACGUCAAUGCGUAUAUUUGUCUGCUAAGAUUGCAGAAUUUUUAGACACACAAAAAUAUAUCUGAACCAAAGAAUGUUGUGUAGAUAUCAUUUGUAAAAAGUCAUUGUUGUAGGUUCUUUUAGGCUCGAUUACCAGCCGCUGUUGGAGAGAGCGGCAGAAAUCGACCUUAAUUUUUUUUUUAAUAUAACAGGAUGACAGCAUCGAAGAAUUAAUCGCCAGUGUAAGUGGACUAAGUUCCAAUGACAACACGCCUCAAAAGCCACGUCUACCAGCAGUUAAAAGACCCAAAGAGGACGCCCAGAGGUCACCCGCAAAGCAGAAGCUAUUUGAUGAAGAGUACGUAAUCAUUCUUUUAUUGAUGUAAUAGAGUGUUGGGUUUAGGUGAAUGGUUUUCUGUUUUGAUAAAAAUGUGCACAGAAUGGAAUACAAAAAACUAAUUAGUUAUAAACGUCAAGGGAGUAAAAACAGGGAAAUUCCCUCGAGAUCAUUACAAGUGCACAUGAAAAUAAACGUCUCUUUUGUUGUUUGGGAGGGGUAGACUAGAUGGCGGCAUGCACAUGUGUUAGUGGGGGUUAUUAUGAUACGAUAUGAAAAUAGCCGUGGUGUUUUAUCAAAAGUCUAUGCUUCUUAAGCAGUUUUCUUCCUGAAGCGUUAACGACCUUUUGCAUUUAUUGGUAGAGAUAGCGACAGCAAUGGGGACAUCAGCGUUUUAAGAAAGGGACGUAGACUGUAUGCCAACCAAGACGAAAUUGACAAACUCAAGCCAGUUCAGGUGAAGAAAGUUCCUCUGGCUCCUCAAGGUCCUGUAAAGUAUGAAGUGCAAUACAAUGAUGCGGACCCUUUGUCAGUGGUUGUAGACAACUGGAAGUGGGGUAGAGCACAACCAUGCAAAAGAGCGGGAUUUUGCAAGGGUGGUAGAAGGACGCUUCAAUUGUGUCUCGGUUCGCUAGAAUGCGCAAACAAGAAGUGCGCAUAUUUAAAAAUUCAUAAGUCUCCAAACAAAGUCGAUUUUAAUCGAUCAAAACAUUGCGUUCACUGUCACAGUGAAGCCAUUAAAAAGCAUUGUUCAGCAAGAAAAUAUGUUGAAAACGACCGGUGCCACAAAAAAAUGACAGUAAUCUACUUACAGGAACACGAUUGCUCUCCAAAGCAAGAAGAAGAUAAGCCGUCUAAAGAGGAAGUAGAAAACAUUCUCCGUAUAAAACCUACUAAAUCAGCAGGUCAACUACAGUUGGACGUUGUACGCGAGGCCUUACUUAGUGGUAAAGAAGUAGACGAGGUGAACGAGAUAGCUUUAAGAUACAGCAACAAAAAACAUCUUCAGUAUAUACAGAGUACCAUUAACAAGAAAAAGAGACCUGGAGGAUUGGAGAUAGCAGCUGUUCAAUUGCUUAAGGACGAUUUUCUUGCCAGGAAAUUAGAUGAAAACUUAAUUAUGUGUGUUGGCGACGAUUAUGUCAUUCUUUCGUCUGAGCAUAAGGUGCGAUUAGGUGCACUCAUUACUCUUGGCAUUGUUGACGAACCAGUAAGCCUCGAUGGCUGUGAAAGCCGCGCACAACACUACACAGAAAUUGAGAUGACCACUUACGACCAAACCAAAGCCAAACCAGGUGAAAAUUCAGAUAACGUAAAAAAAAUGGUGCAGUCUUUUGAUGCGGCCGUUAACAAUGUUCUCCCAAAAGUGGCUGGCCAAUAUAAUGUAGAUAAUGAAGACGUCUUAGGACGGGGAUUAGAUCCAAAAUCAUACGUCGGUGAUGAAGGUGGUGCUCUGUGGCGUGGUCUCUGCUUGGUAAAGGGGGAAGACGUAAAAAACAAGACCAUUUCAGACUUUUUCCAUUUCAAACAAGACAUCAACCGUAAUUCAUAG